AUGAAAAAAUAAAGUGAAGAGAUUGUUAAUGAAAUUCGAAAAAGACAACCUGAUAAACCUUUGUCUUUAACAGAGUUAGCAAUGAUCAGAGAGAUCUAAUAUAUGUAUUUGAAGAAAGAGAAAAGUGUUUUGGAUCUGAUAAUAUAAUAUUGUUGUGAUUGUAAUGGAUUUUAAAAGAAUGUUUAGAACGAUUCUAAAUAAGAGUUUGUGAGAAGGCAUUUUUGAUGACAACAAUAGUUCCAUUGUUACAAUUUGAAAAUCCAGUAGAGAUAAUAAAGAGUGGAACAAUAAUAAUUGCUUGUUUAAGUGAGAAUUAGGAAACUCAUAAAAGGAUAAUAAAAAGUGAGAGUCUUAAAAGUCUUGCAGCUUUGAUAGUGAAAUAAUUACAUCAUGAGAUCACUAAAUAUGCACUAUAAACAAUUGCUAAUUUAGCUAAAGUGUCUGCUAAUUUUGGAAAGAUUUUGGAAUAGAACUUUCUAGAUUAGACAGUAUCAGUAUUAUUGUAAGUAUUACCUAAUCAAUCUUAAUUGUAUGUUUUAUAAAUCAUAUAUGAAAUGACUUAUUAAUAACAUUCAAAUCUAGAUUAAAUGUGCAAGAUGAUGUUAAAGAAAAGAUUCAUUAAAAAAGUAAUGCGUUGUAUUGUUUCUGCUGAUAUUGAUGUAGCAACAUAAGCUAUUCUUAUAAUUAAGUACAUAUUAAAUAUAUUAAACUAGUCAAUUGAUUAUAAAUAAUAAGAAUUUAAAAAGAUUACUCAAAUUGAAAUUACCUCCUAAAUUACUUUUAACAUAUAAAUUAUUUUAUGGACAUGAAAAUUCUAUAAAAAUAACCAAGUAAUUUAUAUAUUUAUUAUGAAUUUAGAGCUAUUAUGUAAACAUUGGAGAAUCUUUUAAAAAUUAAAGCUUUUUAAUAAUAAUUAGUAAUGGAUAGUUAUUUUACUUUAUGUCUUCAUAUGUUUGAUACUAAUGUUUAUGAACUCAAUUACUAUGGUAUUUCUUGUUUAGCAUAUAUGAGUGAAUUGGUUGAAUCUCAUGAUAAGUUAGUAGAGAAGAAGAUUCUUGAAUUAAUGUAUUAAAUCUUAAAGGAUUGCAAAGAUUAGAAAAUUAAAUAAUAGGCAUUCAAAAUAAUAUCAUGUAUCUCUUUGAAUCCAAAAUAUCUAUAAAGCUUAAUUAAUAUGGGUAUGAUAGAUUUAUUAGUUAAUUCAUUAAACUCUGAUGAAAAAGCUUGUAAGAUCUAUAGUAUACUUUCACUUAGUAAUUUAUCCUGUUCUUAAAAUUUUCAUAAAUACAUUGGGAAUAUUAAUAUCAAAUUAUUAAUUCACAUAUUAGAAUUAUCUGAUCCAUCUAAUCAUGCAGUCUUAAGAGCUGCUGCAAAUACUUUAGCUAAUAUAUCUAUUGAUCAUACUUAUUAAUAGAAUUUCCUUAAAGAUCCAGAAAAAACUAUUAUUCUAAAAUUACUCUAUUCUGCUACAGAUAUUAUUUUAAUCAAAUCAAUUAUUAUUAUUUUUACUAAUAUAAGUACAAAUAGCAAUCUAAUAACUGAUUUAGCUUAACCUGAUAUAUUGAAUUGCCUAUUUCUAUUAUAUUAAAAAGAUUAUGAAGAAUUAAGAGGGUAUUUAUCUCGUUGUUUGAGUGCAUUAUCAGUUGUUCCUGAUUGUAAAAAGUUAAUAUUGCAAAAGGGUUUCAUGAAAUCAUUAGUUAAUUCUAUUUAUAAAUCUAAUAGAGAAACUAAAAGAAUGAUACUUUUAUCUAUAAUGAUGAUGUUAUCAAUAAAUGAAGAAUUUUAAAAAUAAUUUAUUAAUGAAUAAGGAACUGAAUGUUUAUUAUAUUUGAUGUCAUAGAGUGAUAAUUUUCAUGCAUAUAUAGCUGCUAAAAGUUUUGUUUUAAUAAGUAGAAUGGAAUCAUCAUUAUCAUAAGUAGCUAGAAAAUCUAUUUGUAAAAGUGUUGCAAACUUUUCUAGAACAAGAGAAAGAAGAAUCCUGAAAGAAGGUCUUAGAUUUUUUGUUAAUAUUAUUAUACAUAAACGCCCUAAAGAUUUUAUUAUAAAAGAUUUAUGUCUUUUAGCUCAUGAAGUAUUGAAAGGUGAUGAAUAAGAUGCUUAAUAAUUAGGAAUGUUUGCUUUUAUGUUGUUAUCAGAAUAAUAGAUUUAUCAUGAAACUGUUAUGGCUGAAGAUAAUUUACUUUAAACUAUUGCCAAUAAAGUUAUAAAAAGUAAUAAUACAAAUGAAUUGAAACCUUAAAAUGCUACAUUCUUAAGCAUAGCUAUUAUGAAUUUGUCAUUAAAUUUAAAUAAUCUUGAGAAACUUCUUAAUUUCAAAUUUAUUAAAGUGAUGAGAGAUCUUUGUGUUAUCUUAACAAAUUAUAAAGAGAAAGAUCCUGAAUUUGAUUUUCAUACUUAUCUUUUUACUUUUAUUAGAUAAUUAUUAAAGAUUCCUAAUUUAUAAGAAAAACUUCCAGAAAUCUUUAAAUAAGGAGCUACUCAAAUUAUUUAAGAAUUAAUUGUCUAUGAUAAGAGUUAUUUCUUUAGAAGUUUAUUAGAAAGUAUAAAUAUUUUAAUCUCAAUGUCUGAUAAAUAUCCAUCCGACAUUCUAAAUGUUAUUGUUCAAUUAGCAGAUCCUGAUUAUGAAAUGGAAGAUGAAGAGUCAUUACCUUUAAGAGUUUAUGUCUUAAAUAGAAUGUCUUAUAAUCCUCAUUCAUUAGAGUAUUUCAAACAAUCUAAAAUUGUACCAUUUUUAAGUGAAAAGAUGUCAUAAGAUUUAGCAUUCUUAAAUAUUUCAUAAUAUUUUUGUUCUUUAUUAGCAAAUAUUUCUAAAGAAAAUGAAAUACUAAAUUAAAUUUUUGAUGCUCAAAUACUAACAUCUAUUUUUAAAUUACGUUAAUAGAAACAUAAUAUUAAAUUGACUGACAUUAUUCGUUUAUUAGCACAUCUAAGUUCACAUCCCUCAUUUAGACCAUAAAUAUUUAGUGAAGAAAUCUAUGCUAAUAUUUUCGAUCAUCUUUAAUCAGUAACCUUUUCAGAAAAAUAAGAUCCUUAAAUAUGUUAUCCAGUACUCAUUUGUAUCCUUAAUAUGACUAAAUCUGAUUAUGGAUUAAUCAAAGCUAUUGCUAGAAGUGAUAUAUUCAAUUUUGUUAAAGUUUAUAUUAAAGAUUAAAAAGGACCACAACAUAUUACUAUAUUAUGCUUUCUCACUAUUUCUAAUAUGCUUAUAGAUCCUGAAAUCCUCAAAAAAGAAAAAGAUAUCCCUUAUCUAGUUAAUUAAUUAAGAUUGUAAAUUUAAGAAAAUGAAGAUUAACUUGAUCCAGCUUAACCUGAUUAUGUUGUUGUAUCAUUUCUUAAAGUCAUGCAUAAUAUGGUAUUAUAACAUUAUCCUGAAAUUGAAGAUAAUAUUACUAUGAUAGAAUGUUUGUAAGAUAUCUAAAAGAUGUUUAUUAAAUUUACUUCAUAAGAAAUUUUAGGAUUAAUGUUAUCAAUCUUUUGUGUUAUGGUUGAAUCAUAGAAAACUUUAUAAACAUUUAAGGCUAAUUACCCAGUUAUGAUUAAAAUUUUUGAUCUUUUGCAUCACAAUUAUGAAAAAUUAGAAUAACAAGAAUAAAGAUUCAGAUCAUCAUUAUUAUUAUUAUUAGCUAAUCUAGCAUAUCAUGAACAUUCCUUCGAUUUUUUUGAAACCUUCUUAAAUAUAGAGGAUUUUAUGAUCAAAUAUAGAACUGCAUAUCUUAAUCUAUCUUAAGCAUCAGAUAGAGAACUUUUAUUGACAAUCUUAGUUAAUUUGACUUAUAUCAAAGAAAUUCAAUUAAUUAUGCCCAAAUAUGAAAAAACACUAUAAUUAAUUAAAGAGAUAUUUUUAUCAGAACAUGAUGAAUCUACAACAAAAAGAAUUGUUUAAUUAUUGGCUAAUUUAUCUUUAAAUUAAGAUUUACAUACAUGGAUUGCAAGUUAAGAUAUUCUAAAGAGAUUACAUAAACUAUUCUUUGAAAGUGGUACAUCUAAAGUAUUAAAAGAAUAAAUAUAAAUAUUAUUAGCUAAUACAACUUUCACUGAAGAAGUUCAUGAAGUACUUAUUAAUAAUGAAGCCAUUAGAAUAUUUGAAUAAAUUGUAAAUAAAAAAGAAUCUAUUCAAUAAGAUACUUCACAUUAAUAAGUUGUUUCUCUUGUUAAUUUGGGACUCAAUCCCAGAACAUAUGCAUUGAUUGAGAAUCAAUUAAAUAUGGUUAAUAAUCUCUCUCUUUUAGAUGAAUGCGAGAAACCCUUAUAAAUUAGAUUAUUAAAAUCAUCAUUAGAAUAUGUAAUUGAUAAUUCAAGUUAAAAUUUAUCUAAUAAGAGGGAAAUUUUAUAAUAGAUUAUAGCCAAUAUAAAUUUCUUACUUGAAAGUAAGUCGAAGUUUUUAGUUUGUAAAAUUGAUCCAUUAUGGUAGAUGAUUUUAUCAACUGAAUUAAUUAAUACAGUUAGAUUUGAUAGAGAAAGAUUGAUUGGAAAUUUUAUCACAAUUAUCAUAUUCUUUGAUAUGUUGGAAGUUAAAUGUAAUUAUUAUAGUCAUCUUUGUGAAUUGGCUGAUAGAAUUCCACACAUUUUAGAUUUCUAAUCUAUGUAAAUGCAUAUAGAAAGUUUAUUUAUUUUUAAUUAGAAUUCUUUGAAUAAUUUAAAAGAGUUAAUGUAAUAAGUUAAAUAAAAAUAAUAAGUUGAACCACUCCUAAUAUCUAAAUAUGAAUAAUUAGUAAAUUAAUUUCUUAGAUUAUUAUCAAAUGUUGCAUUUGCAUAAAAAACAUAAAUUGGUUUAUAAUAAUUCAUGUAAAAGAAAGAAGUAGAAGAUCAUCUUUUAGAAAUAUGCUAAUUCUCUCAUUCUUAAGCUCCAAAUCUUAUUUUAUAAUCUCUUGCUACCUAUGCAAAUAUAUUUUAAAUUGAUAGUAGGAAUUAUUAAUAAGUUUUUGAAAUCAUUGCUAAAAAUUACAAAUAAUAAAUUAAAUAAUAUCCUCUAUAUUAAACUUUUUUAAUUGGAGUCAUUGUAGGAGUAAUGAAAAAUAGAAAGUAUUUAUUAUUUGAAGAUGGAAAAUAAGAUAUUGGUGAUUUGAAUGAUUCAAUAUAAUCAUAUUAAAAGAAUGCUCUCUAUUCAAUUUAAUAAUAAUAAACUAAUAAUUUCUUUUAAAAAAGAGUAUCUUCAUAAUAAACAUUUAUUAGUAUACGUUCUUAAGAUAGUGAAUAUCCUGUUAAUAAAGAUAUGAGUUUAAUAAUAUCAGUUCUAUUAUAUGUAUUAAAAAAAGGCCAUCCACCAACCUAUUAAUCAGCUCCACCAUUAUUAUUAUAAUGUUUAACAAAUAUUGCAUAUCAUUAAGAAAAUUUUAAGUUCCUUUUUUCAACUAAAUUACCUGAAUAUUUAUUUACUUACAUAAGUUAAAAAGAAAAUAUCUAAGCAGAUGGCUAUGUUCAUGCUUUAACUGCCUUUAUUAAUAUUAGUACAAAUAAAGAGUUUUUCUUACGGAUAUAAGCUGAAGAGGUAUAUAAAUAUGUAGUCAAAUUAAAUUAAGUUUCAAAACCAUUAGUUAUUUAGUAUAGUAGCAGUAUAUUUAUGUAGAUGUUUGAAUAUAGUACUGAAAAUGAUGAAAAUCAACAUCUUGUAGAAUUUACUUUAGAUUUUAUGGUUAAUGAAGUCUUAUCCUAUGUUACAUUUGAAUCUGAUCAUAUGGAUUUAUUUCUGGCCUUUCUUGAAAGACUUCUUAAAAUUUAAAAAUUAAAAUAUGUAAAUUAAAUUAUUAACACUUUUAGAAAAUUGCUAAAAUAGAAUCCUUGUUUUAAAAGUUUUAGAAAACAUUAGAAACUUAAGAUUUAACUAAUGACAAAAAAUUUGAUAAAUAUUGGAGAAUAUGGAAUAUUUAUAAUUUCUUAAUUACUUCUAAAGAAUGUCUUAAUUAUCUAGUUAAAUAUGGAUACUUUUCUUUGCUUAAAUCAAAAUUAGGUUAUUUUACUUCUUCUUAAUUUGAUUAAUGUUUAAGUUACAAUACUUAAGCAGAAUAUUAAGAAAAACAUAAGAAUGUCUUAAAAUAGUUCUAAUUAUUUUCCAUUGUCUUAUCUAGUAUUGAGAAAAUAUUCAAAAAUGAUGUUAAUUUAAAACUAUAACCUCCAAUAUAGAAAUUAAUCUAUUCACAAAGAAAUGAGAAAGUAUCAACUGAUAUUAUUAGAAUAAAUGACAAUGAAGCUUUAAAGAUUUCAUUUUAUGUACCUUUUAUGAUAAUUGAAAAAAUCUUACUCUCAGAAGAAACUUACUAAAAUUAAAAUAAUAUUUUAAUUGUUGUUGAAGUUUUAAAUUAAAUAGCUUUAAUCUUAACUAGAAUGGAUUCUAAUGGUGAUAUGACAUUAAAAUUCCUUAUUGAAAUAUUAAAAAGAACACUUAAAAUUUAAGUAGAGGAUAAAACUCUUUUUUAUAGUAAUGUUGUUAAUAUCUCAAUCAAAUUAUUUGAAAAAUUUGGUGUUGAUAUUUCUGGGCCUAUUGAGGAAAUUCUAGUUUUAUUUAUAUAACAUUGGUAUGGUUCAGAAUUUAGAUUCAUGAAUUCAGAAAUUUAUUAAAACUUUUUAAGAUUAUGCGUACUCUUUAAAUUUAAAGAUUGCCAACAGGAUAAACCUUGUAAUUUAGCGAAUAGUGUUUUAUAAAUUAUGAAUAUUAACCAGACAACUUUUAGAGAACAUGAAACUUAAUUGCUUUUUUAAAUGUUCUUAAAGAAACUGAUUGCUGAAGUUGAUCCUUCAGAAUCCUAAGAAUUAGAAGAAACUAUAUCAGAAUCUAUUGAUUUUUUACUUGAUUAUAUUUAGAAAUAAUCAGCUAACAUAAAAGCAUAAUUAGAAAUGGGAGAUAAAAGUGUUACUGAAUAUUAGAAGACACUUUAACAAUAAAAUUUUACUAUGUCAAUAGAAAUUUUAACUAUUCUAGUUUCAUUUGCCUCUUUUUAAGAAAAAAUCUUAGAUCUUGAAUUGCUAAGUUCCACAGUAUAAUGUGGAUUGUUGAUUUAAGAGUUGUUAAACUUUUUUGAAAACAAAGAACAAUAAUCAGAAGAUUUGAAAACAGCUAUUAAUCAAUUAUAGAGCUUUUUAAAACAUAUUAGUAUAUUUUUAAGUUAUACAUCCUUUUUGAUUAAAUUUCAUGAUGAAUUAUAAAGUUAACCAUGUAUUUAAUUUAUAUUUGAAAAUAUGUUAAAAAGAAAAAAAUAAACUAAAAUCUUUUGCUUUAAUAUUAUUGUAAAUUUGAUUGAAUCAUAAGGACCUAAUUUUAUAUUUGAAGUCUUACAAAGUAUAGAAGAAUAAGUUGAUAAAAUAAAUGCUAAUAAUUCAUUAUAAAAGUACUCUUUAGAUGCAAUAGUCAGUUUAACAGAAGAAAUUUAUUAAAAAAUUCAACAUUAUAAAACAAUAGCUCCUAAUGAAGAGGCAUUUUAUUAAUUGUCAGAUGAUAUUGGAUUAUUGUUAACUAAAAUACUUAUCGGAAAGAAGCAUUCAUUUUCAUUGAAUGGGUCUGCUGAAAUAUUAAUGAAUAGUAAACUAUAAUAAGUUCAAAUAAGAACACUAUUUCUUAUGAUUAAAAAAUUCAUUAACUGUGAUAAUGAUAUUACAAUUAGAGAUAAGAGCAUUCAAUUAUCUUUCGAUAUUAGUAAAUAGAUUUAUGGAACUUUAUCAUAAAUGGAAUAAGUAGAUUGCAAUAAUGAGACAAUUUAAAAUUAAUAAUUAUAAAGUAAAUUCAUCAAUAUAAAAUAUACUUGGGAUUAAGUGAGAAAAAAUCAAACUUAUUAACACUUAGAGGAUAUGUUCUUUUGGGAAUAAUUAGAAUUAAGUGAUUACCAAUUUAAACUAAUUUUUUUAAUCAUUUGUUUCGAAAAUAUUACAUGUAGAUUCAGGGGUGAAUAAAACAAUAAUAAAUUAGCAUUACCUAAUUCUGCAGUAAUGGUAAAUGACAUAUUUUUACUUAUUGAUCCUAAUUUAGAUACCUUUCUGGAGAAUUAUAACUUAUAAAAUUAAUUGAACUUUUUAUUAGUUUAUUAUGCUGCUUCUAUUAGUUAUAGUUCUUUAGGAAAUAGAACAAGAAAAAUAGAAUUUUAAUAGCUAGCUGAAAGGGAUAUGUCAUUUCGAAUCAGAUUAAAUACAUUUGUUAGAGUGCUAAGUGAUAGUAAAAUCAAUAUUCUUGCAAAUUUCGCUGAUUUAAUUAGAGGUCCAAUUUAGAAUUUAUGA